GUGGGCAGUUCGUUCAUUCAAUUUUCAAUUUCAGUAUAAAAUUGAUUUCACGUUAUAAUAUGUAACUGUAAUAAAUAUUCAUUUAAAAAAAUACGAGUUUACCCUAGAUUUCCUGUUUUCUGGAAUGAAAAAAAUGAUUUAUUACCAUAAAUGUGUUAUUUUUAAAACUGAACAAGACAUAAAUUUCAAAAUCACUGUUUUCACUUUAUUUUGGUGAUUGAGAAGGUGAAAAUGUGAUUACACUUUUGAGCCAACUGUCCACGUGACCUGGUGAUAUUUUGGCGGAUUUUUUAAAACAGCCAUUUUGAAGCCAUGGACGACAUCGUUCAUCCUGACUAUAUUAGAGAUCUCGUACUGAAAAUGAAAUGGACGCACAAAAGGAUAAGCGAAGAGUUGAGAAGGAAAUAUCCUGAUUUAAGGGGUUUAAGUGAAAUGAGUGUUAGAAGGUUUUGCUAUAAACACAGCAUCCACCGAACGUCUAGAAUAAGUGAUGGAGAGCUCGAUGUUGCCGUUUUUAAUGCAGUGUCCAAGGUUGGUCCAACAUACGGACGAAAAAUGAUAAAAGGAAAGCUAGAAGCGGAAAAUAUAAAAGUUCACGACAAACGAAUUUCUGCAUCGUUGACAAGAGUGACACCAGAAUAUCAACAGCUUAGGAGGCAAAACACUGCAAGGCCAAUCAUCAUGAGGUAUGGCCUUUGGGACCAAUUAAGAAUUGAUUGCGGCAAAGAAUUUUAUUUGAUGCUCCAUAUUCAGCAAAGCUUGGCUARCUUCAGGUACAACACAUUACGAGCACCCUAUAUCCAAACUCCAUCAACAAAGAAUCACAUUGCAGAGAGAAAAUGGGUAGAAAUGAACAGCAGGAUUAAUUAUCCCAUWAAAGCUCAUCUCAAUAAAAUGGUUGAAGAAGAGUUAAUUGAUAUGAGGAAUGAAAUUGACAAGUACUGUGUGUCUUGGGUUACAAUGCAAGUUGUCCAGGCAGGGGUAAACGAAUUAAUUCCUGCAUGGAAUUAUCACAGUAUUCCAGGGAAAGGCAGACCUAUUGACCUCAUAAUGAAGGAUAGCAGGGCAGUAGCAGUCCCAGAAAGUGUUAUCCCUACACCUGAAAAUGCGCUUCAGCAGUACGAAAGGAGUGGGGGGAAAUUAAAGAGCUUCAGUGAAUUUGGAAAAGAUCCACUUUCAGAAAGCCAUCAUCUASAAGAAGUUAGGAGCAAAGAAUUUGAAAAGUACCCUUCUUUUGAUAAGGUCUUUAAUAGAAUGGUCAAUAAUGAUCCCAGUCUCCUGAGACAGAGCAUUCAAGCUAUGAUUACUAUUACAAAAAAUCUUGCAGUUCAGGUAGUCUAAUCUUAGCUUAUAACUUUUCAACUAUUUAACAUGUAAACCUCAACUAGUUGGUUUCAUAAUGGGAUUACUAUUUUGAAGCUAUAGUAGCAAGGUUAUUAUUUGUUUCAUUGUUUAUUUUGGUACCUUAAAAAUUAGUGCCUUACUUUCCAUAACGUCUUUAAAUAAUAUUGUCAAAAAUGACUUCAAUUUGAUAGUUCUAAGACCAAGCAUAACCAAGCUAUGAUUACCAUUACAAAAACAAAAAACAAAACAAAACAAAAAUUGCAAUAUCAGAUAGUCUGAUCUCAGCUUAUAACUGUUCAACRAUUUAACAUGUUAAACUCAACUAGUUGUUACUAUUAAACAGUCUUGUCAUGUGAUCAUAUGCUGAA